AUUUGGGAAAGGCUUGAGCCUGGUUUAAACACCUGGGCCAGAACCCAGUUUGCUUAGUCCUUGAGUACAAUCUAAUCCCAAGGGAGGUACUCUUGUCACUCAGACAUCAAUAGCCAAUCAGGAUCUCGAGGCCGAACACCAGUUAGAAGGUGAGCGGGUGGGCUCUUCCAGACUUCCGGUGCAGGCUAGGAUCCGUAUCUGAGCAAGCGCGAGUGCUGUGGUGUUCCGUGCUGAGAGCAGUGCUGCCGGGAGCUGUGUGGGGCCAGGGAGAGCUCGGAAGCUGCGAUAUGGGUAUCUUACAUACAUGACCUUAAGACUUAUGAGCCUCCAGAGUCAUGGGAUGACAGGAUGCAGUGACCUAUGAGGAUUUGCAUGUGAACUUCACUAGGGAAGAGUGGACAUUGCUUGAUCCUUCCCAGAAGAAUCUCUACAAAGAUGUGAUGGUAGAAACCUACAGUAAUCUCACGGCUAUAGGCUACAAAUGGGAAGAUGAGAAUAUGGAAGAAUCUUAUGAGCAUUUUAGAAGACAUGGAUGGCACAAAAGAAGUAAUCCUGUAGAAAAUCACUAUGAAUACAAGCAGUGUGGUAAAACCUUUUCAUGUCACUAUGAAAAUUAUUAUAAUCUUCAAUUUCAAGACUCAAGUCAUACAGGACAGAAAUCCUAUGAAGGUAUGUGUGACAAAGACUUUGCACAUCACAGUUAUCACCAAAUACCUGAAAGAACAAAAAGUGGAGAGAAUCACACUGAAUAUAAGCAGUGUGGUAAAACUUUUAGACAUCAUAAUCAUCUUCAAAAGUAUGAAAGCACUCAUAUUGUAGAGAGACGCUUCAAAUGUAAACAAUGUGGCAAAUCAUUUACACUUAAUUUUCAUCUGAAAAUGCAUGAAAAAAUUCAUCCUGGUGAGAAAUCCUAUGAAUGUGAGCAAUGUGGUAAAGCCUUUAGAAGUAGAAGCUAUCUGAAGAAACAUGAACGAAGUCACACUGGAGAGAAACCCUAUGAAUGUCAGCAAUGUGGUAAAGCCUUUAGAAGUAGAAGCUAUCUGAAGAAACAUGAACGAAGUCACACUGGAGAGAAACCCUAUGAAUGUCAGCAAUGUGGUAAAGCCUUUACAUGUAACAGUUAUCUGAAAACACAUGAAAGAAUUCAUACUGGAGAGAAACCCUAUGAAUGUAAGCAAUGUGGUAAAGCAUUUACAUGUAAUAGUAAUCUGAAAACACAUGAAAAAACUCAUACUGGAGGGAAACCCUAUGAAUGUGAGCAAUGUGGUAAAGCCUUUACAUGUAACAGCAAUCUAAAAGUACAUGAACAAAAUCAUACUGGAGAGAAACCCUAUGGAUGUAAGCAAUGUGGUAAAGCCUUUACAUGUAACAGGUAUCUGAAAAUACAUGAAAGAAAUCAUACUGAUGAGAAACCCUAUGAAUGUAAGCAAUGUUAUAAAACCUUUUUUUGUAAUAGUCAUCUGAAAAGACAUGAAAGAGUACAUAUAGGGGAGAAACCGUAUGAAUGUAAGCAAUGUGGUAAAGCCUUUGCAUUACGCAGUAUUCUGAAAGUACAUGAAAGAAUUCAUACUGGGGAGAAACCCUAUGAAUGUAAGCAAUGUGAUAAAGCCUUUUUAUGUACCAGUCAUCUGAGGAGACAUGAAAGAACUCAUACUGGAGAGAAACCCUAUGAAUGUAAGCAUUGUUAUAAAGCCUUUUCAUGUAACAAUCAUCUGAAAAGACAUGAAAGAAUUCAUACUGGAGAGAACCAUUAUAAAUGCAAACAUUGUGAUAAAAUCUUUAAAUGCAGUAGUUACCUGAAAAUACAUGAAAGAAAGCAUACUGCAUAGAAUUCCUAUUAAUGUUAGCAAUGUGGUAAAACCUUUACGAGUAGCAGUCAUCUGAAGAUACAUGAAAGAAUUCGUAUUGGAGGCAAACCCUAAGAAUGUAAGCAGUGUGGUCAUGCCUAUACAAGUAGCAGUCAUCUGAAAAGACAUGAAAGAGUUCAUCCUGGAAAGAAAGCCUAUGAAUGUAAGCAUUGUUGGGAAGCCUUUUUAAGUAACAGUCAUCUGAAAAGACAUGAAAUAAUUCAUACUGGAAAGACAUACUAUUGUUGUAGGGUGUUCGAAGGUGUGUAGAUUAAUAUAUGGGCCUUUUCUUGGGUUCCAUUGGUCCUCUUGUCUGUUCUGCCAAUAUCAGGCUGUUUUCAGUACUGUAGUA